AUGGCAUUCAAAACAGUGUCAACACUCAAGUUCGUGGGAUCUAUAUCUUUGGGUCUGCUAACGGGCUUCUCCUACUCCUUGAGCACGCUGACUCUGCCCACCUUUUCGACGCUUCCAUCUGCGACCAGCGCUUCAAAAGCCUUCUCCAACCUCGCAUAUGUCUCUUUGAGCCAGCUCCGCGCUCUUGCCGCCAUCUCAAGCAGCUCUUUCCUCUUCGCAUACCUGCUCUCUCCCAGAAGUCAAAAGCACCCAUACUUGCUAUGGACAUCGCUCUUCGUAGGAGCUUCGGGCUUCACCGAAUACGCGCUUCAAAGCUAUAGACCGAAGUCAGCGACCAGCACCGGAUCCGUCAAGACGAAGGUCAAGAAAUCAAAAGGCAGACAAAUGGACGCAAGCUACGAAGUCCUUGGUGCUAGUGACAGGGAUAGCGAGGGAACUGUUUCUGGGGAGGAGACGGAUGAGAGUGUCAAUGGGGAGGAAGUACGUCAGGCAAUGGAGGGAUUCAUGGUCACACAGAUUGCGCGGACGGUCGUUGCCGGGAUGGCUUUCGCCAUGAGCACUGUUGGUAUAUGGGGAGACGGAGCUGCUGAUAUCUUCGUUAUUGAGAUGUGA